AUGACAAAAUCUUUCGAAGGAGCAGAACCUGCUAUCUUCAGUACGAAAGAACUUUUGCCGAAUCUUGUCGAUGCAAUUGCUGCAACGGAACCUGAAGCUAUCUUUGCAGAAUAUCCUGUUAAUCCCGUCAGUUAUGAAUCUGGCUAUCAAAAGUUUUCAUAUGGAUCUUUAGCAAAUGCUGCUGAUGGUAUAGCAUGGUGGCUUCAAGAAAAACUUGGACCUGGAGAAGACUUUCCUACCUUGGCUUACAUUGGUCCCAAUGAUAUUGUCGUCAAUGCUUUCUUAUUGGGAGCUGUCAAGACUGGGUACAGGUGUGCCCUUCUAUAUCACCAAGAAAUAGUAUUCGUGCGCAAGAAAACCAACUUACUUUUACCAAAUUCCCCAAUAAGCUCAGUUGCAACCCAUGAUAGCUGCCCUGUCUUCAAUGGGUAUUCAAAUACUCGAAUUACCCAACAUUCUGGACCUAAUCGAAAACCCCAGGAAAAGUUCCCAUUCAAGAAAACCUUCGAAGCUGCUAAAGAUGAGCCUUUCGUGGUUCUGCACACCUCUGGAACUACAGAACUACCGAAACCUAUCGUGUGGACUCAUGAUUACAUUGCUACGGCCACACAGCGGAAUGAAGCUCCUACCGGCUAUGUUAACCAAAUGGACUUGUAUGCUGGUUUGCAUGCAGCCGGUGUCUUCUUCGGUUUGAUCAACGGAAUAUCAAGACGGAGUAUUUCAAUAUAUCCAAUAGCUGGUCUUCCUUCAGCGAGUCUUUUGAUUGACGGUCUCAAACAUAAUAAUGCUGAUAUCGCGGUUCUCGUCCCACCCUACGUUGUUGGUCUUGCCCAAAAUACGGAGAGUCUAGAUUUCGUAGCCACAAAUCUAAAACGUAUCUUUUAUCUUGGAGGUGCUAUUCCACCGGCCGCUGGAGAUAUUAUCUCUUCCAAGAUUGAACUCAUCGGACACGUGGGAGCCACGGAGACAGGAUUCUAUCCUUCCUUGAAGCCAAUCAACGCACGAUCAAACUUUUGGGGUCACCAUCAAUUUGAUCCCUCCGCAAAUAUAUCCUUUGAGCAUCAGGAUGAUGACCUUUACGAAGCUGUUUGGAAUAGAAACCUUGAUCCGAUAAAAUUACAACCUAUCUUCAAAACAUUUCCGAAGCUUCAGCAAUGGAGAUCAAAAGAUCUCUACUCGCCACAUCCUACGGAACCUGAUCUCUGGCUCUACCGUGGUCGAGGAGAUGACAUCAUAGUGUUCCUCACCGGAGAGAAAACAAAUCCUAUUUCCAUGGAACAUCGCCUCAAUCAACACCCAGAGAUUCGUCAAGCUAUGGUUAUUGGGGCAUUGAGAUUUCAAGCUGCUCUUUUGAUCGAACUUGUCGAUCAAAGGGCAAUGACUGCGACAGAAAGGGCAGAAGUCAUUGAACGUAUUUGGCCUGCUACAGAAGAUGCUAAUUUGACAUGUCCGGCACACGCCAGAAUUGCAAAAUCUCAUAUCCUUUUCACGGAGCCAGGGCGAACUAUACAGCGAAGUCCCACAUUACGAGAAUAUGCUUCUGAGAUAGAGAAGUUAUAUGUGGAUGCUGAUAAGAUGUCUGCAUAUAGUGCAUAUAGUGCAGGUGAGAAUGAUGAAAAUGAGGAGCUUGUCGAUAUUUGCAAUAAUGAGGCAGUGCAUAAGCUCUUACGUCAAGCUGUUCUCAAGGUCACUAAAUGGGAUGAGGAAAAAGUACAGGAUGAAGAUAAUUUGUUCGUUCAAGGAAUGGAUUCUCUGCAAGCGUUGCAACUCAUUCGAAAUUUGAGAAGAGCUCUGAACAAGCCUGAUCUCGCCAUCUCUAUCUUAUACACCAAUCCUUCCAUUGCCCAAUUACUCCAAUCGAUCAUCGCUAUGUCUAAGGAUGAGUCGAACACAAAUACAGUAAAUGCAUCGAAUCGUCGUCAUAAGAUUGAGGAAACUCUCCAAAAAUACGUUCAACUUGUUGACAGGAUCUCUAGUAAGCAUGCGUUUGGGGAAAAGUCAUCCCCAGUCAAUGAACACGUAGUUGUCUUGACGGGUUCAACUGGUUCUCUUGGAUCAUAUAUCUUAAGGACAUUGAUGCAAGAUAAAUCUGUGUCGCAUAUUUACUGUUUCGAUCGAACAUCCUCUGCUCAUUCCCGUCAUCUGGAAAAGAAUAAAAAGAACAACGAAUCCACAGAUUUCCCAGCCUCUAAAGUCACAUUUCUCAAGACAGAUCUCUCAAAACCCAACUUUGAUCUCGAUGACGAAAUAUACAGACGAAUUCAAAGUCCUGCAACAGAUGUCAUUCACAGUGCAUGGCCAAUAAACUCCAACCUCUCGCUCGAUACAUUUAAGCCACAACUCGAUGGGAUAAUUCAUCUUUUGUCUUUCGUCUCUGCAAUUCCACAUCAUGUCUCUAUUCUAUUCAUAUCAUCCAUCAGUUCAAUUCUAGGUCUCGAAUCAACACCCAUACCUGAGACAAUUAUCGAAGAUGUAUCGGCACCUCUUCCAAUGGGAUAUGCAGAGAGCAAAUUUAUCUCAGAGCGCAUUCUUGAUUAUGCUUCCAAGACAAAGCUCCCGACCGUCGAUAUAAAGGUUGCUCGUGUGGGCCAGAUCGCUGGCCCUGCUUAUUCUUCCGGCCUUUGGAACAAAUCCGAGUGGAUGCCAAGUCUGGUCGUCACUUCUUUUCAUAUGGGAUUUUUACCAGAAAACCUUGGUAGCGACGAGAUGAAAUUAGAUUGGGUACCAAUCGAUGUCCUCUCAUCUUCACUAAUUGAUCUCUCAUUCUACAAAGAUCCUGACGUCUCCGAAAACGGUGCUAGGGUAUUUCAUCCUUUGAAUCAGACUCCUACGACAUGGAAUACUCUACUCCCUAUUAUCUUGGAUACGUUGAACUCUUUGAAUCCCAAAGUCGCGAUUACAACAAUUCCAUACACAGUGUGGCUGAAGAAAUUGAAAGACACGACGAGAGAAAAUGCAUCUAGUACUGCGGAGUUGGAAGAGAUGUUGGAAAAAUACCCAGCGAUUAAAUUGCUGGAGUUUUUUGAGACGUUGCCGCAGACGAAAUGGUCGGAUAAGGAUGUGGAGAUGGCGAUGGGAGCUAGUGUGCAUUUGAAGGGGUUGAAGGGGAUUGAGGGGGCGUGGAUGGAAAAAUGGGUUGGGGGUGGAUUUAGGCUUGGAAUUCGGCGAUAG